AUGGAAUCUUGUGACAAGAUGAAUGGAGGAACUGCGGAUAUUGUUUCUGGUGGUGGUAACAAGAAAGGGAGUGAUAAUGGCAUCUGCUGCAACUGCCAAAAGAGUCAAUGCUUGAAACUUUAUUGUGAAUGUCUUCGUGCUGGAAAUUUGUGCAACAAUUCUUGUACUUGCAAAGCCUGCGAGAAUAAUGAGAAUAACAGGGAUAAAGUGUAUGAGAAGAAAAAAGAAAUAGAAUUACGUGAUCCAGAGGCGUUUCAAUCCAAGAUUAUUAUUGGUGGGAACGAAGCAGCAAGGCACAGAAAAGGAUGCAACUGCAGGAAAUCAAAGUGCAAGAACAAGCACUGCGCUUGCUUCAGUGCUGGAGUUGGUUGCUCUAAUCAGUGUAAAUGUGACGAUUGCAUGAAUGAGUAUGGAAUCGUCAACAACCAACAAGUACUUGUUUUGACUAAUGAUAGUAAUAAUAAUGGCAGCAACAACAUCACGGUGGAUAAUGGAUCAUCUCAAUUUCAACAUCUAUUUGCCGAUAACGAUGGCUGCUUACAGAAUAUGCAGAAUUCUGAAUCAGAUAUGGAUAGAAUUUUUAAUGAGAUAGAGCAGGCAGAUUAUUAUUAUUAUGGUCAGCAAACGUCACUGAGCAGCAACAGCGAGAAUGGAAUCAACAAUAACAACGUGAAUUUGCCAUCAAAUCAGCAAGAUAGCCAUGUUCCUGCUGCUGCUGUUUGUUAUAACUAUAAUCUUUAUGGAAACAUUAUUCAAAACAAUGUUGCUGCACCUAAUUAUCAUCAGCAUCUUACUACCCCAAGGCAGAUUUCUCCAGUCGAAUACAACAACACUAUUGAUGAUCUUGAUUUGGAGGGACCACCAUCAUCUUGGUUCUAUGGUGAGCCCUCUUCCCUUCCUAGCUUCUUCACGACGGACACAACAAUUCAGGAUAGUAAUCAGCAGUAUAAACCUGAGACUCUGAAUUAUGAUGAUAUUUUUCAACAAGAAGCACUACCAAUAUCACCGACAAUGAAUCAGAGUGCACAGCAUCUGACAAACACGCAACCACCUAGUCAUCCUAAUAAUAACCAACUUCCAUAA